GAAAUAUAUAUUUCUAUAUUUCUCUCUCAAGAUUUUCAUUAUUUCUGGAACUUUCUCUCUCAUUUUUUCCAUUUUCCUUGUGGUUCGCCGACACCCGCCAAAUUUCUGCAAUUCAAAGCUCUCCGAUUUCUACAAUUCCAAUCUCGCCUCUUCGCACAGAUUUGGAUUGCAGAACUUUAGCUUCAAUCUGUCAAUGUUGGAAGAAUUCACAUUUAACAACACCUUGUAUGUUGGGAGUUUACUUUUGAUGAUUCUGUGCCUCAGCAACGUUGGAUGCCAAAUUUUUCUUUGCCAGUUGGAUGAUGCAAUUGGAAGAAGAGUUACAAAAAGAAAUGUUGAUAUCUAUGUUUCAUGAGUUUGGGAAAUAUGUCAUUUUGUUGUAGCCUCAUGGAAGGCCUAGUAAACAUUUAAGCUUUCAUUUGUUGUGCUUCUGCUUAGUCUGCGAAUCUCAGCUUGCUAAAAAAAGGCUUCCGAGACAUACAAUUACAUAAGAACUCAAAAUUAUUGUCAAAUGGCAGAAGUUGAUACGGCAGUCAUCAAACCUGAGAUGAUGAAGUCCUACAUUUGGCUCCAGACUGCUGAUGGUUCAAUCCAAGAAGUAGAACAAGAAGUGGCCAUGUUUUGCCCCUUGAUAUGUGAUGAAAUAAUACAAAGAGGUAUGGGUUCUUCGAAGAACAAUGCUAUAACUCUUCCACAGAGAGUUAAUCCCGUCAUGUUGAGCUUAGUUCUUGAUUACUGCCGUUUUCAUCAAGUAAUAGGACGCUCGAACAAGGAGCGGAAAUCUUUUGAUGAGAAGUUCAUUAGAAUGGAUACAAAGAGGCUAUGUGAGUUGACAUCUGCUGCUGACAGCCUCCAAUUGAAGCCUUUGGUUGAUCUUACCAGCCGUGCACUUGCACGAAUGAUUGAAGGGAAAACCCCAGAGGAGAUACGUGAAACAUUUCAUUUACCUGAUGAUCUUACAGAGGAAGAGAAGUUGGAGCCUUUGAAAAACAUAACUGAUGAUCCACGGAUCCGACUUCUGAAUCGGCUGUAUGCGAGGAAGAGGAAAGAAUUAAAAGAGAGAGAAAGACUAAAGAAUGUUGAAGUUGAAGAAGAGUGUGUGGAUUAUCGUUCAGUUGAUGAUCUUUUGUCAUUUAUUAAUGGAGGAAAUGAAGAUUCCAAGGGGGUUGGGACUUCUAAGAAUAAAAAGAAAAACCGGAGAAGAAAAGAUCAACAAAAGAACACUUCAUCAAACCAUGCCAUCGAAACAACCCACAAGAAGGAGUCAAAUUGUUUGAAGUCUGUACAUCAUGAUGUGGAAAUCAACAAUAAUUUGCAGUCCAGUCCCAGUGAGAGGUCAAAACUACAAGAUAUUCAGGAUGACAUGUUUUCACCUCAAGCCAAUUUUGAAGAUGGUGAUAUUGAUGAUGAAUUUGAUCCUGCGAUUCAGGAAAAAAUUGAUAGGGAGGUGGAGGAUUUUGAACGCAUAUUGAAUUCAGACUGGCCAGAAAGAAUGCAAGAGAUUCUAUCUUUGGGGCGAGAAAGGAAGCCCAUAAAUGGGAAUGGCUCCUUAAGUAGAGAUGGAUAAAAGAUCGGGGGCAUGAAAUGAUCUGUGAAUUAUGUGGGUCAUAGAAUGCAAGUUUCAGGGCGGGCAGCAGCUGGAGCAAUUGUUUCGCUAGUUAUAAAAACAUGUGGGUUUUUUAUGGCAAUCAGAGCUGGCAAUGGUCAUAUUGAUGUGAAUCAUCAUAUAUGUAAGUUUCAGAUAUUGUCUUUUCCAUUUUGACCAAAUUUUUUUUUGCUGUGCUCAGCUAUGAAUGCUUUCUUUCGGCUUCAGCUUCUUUUUGUAGUUUGUAAGUAUUAAAUGAAAGAGAGUGAACUAUUUUGAUUCA